CAGUUUUCUGCUUUAAUAAUGCCUCUGAUGGAAGGAUUUUUUGCCCCAUGAAGCAUGACAAGACUGUAAUCCCUCAAUUGUUGGAAAGGAAAAGAAGGGAUGGUGGACUUGUGAAGGAAAACGGAAAAGGGUGGUCUUGAGGGACCGAAAAGCCUAUGGGAAGUGCAGGUAGCAGCUUGUUACUCUGACAGCUGCUUCAGCUUCUCAGACCGUGUCAGUUUGUGACUCCGUAGCAGGUGCAGCCUUUUCUUUUAUUGAAUCUUUACUCCACAAAGGCAACGGCAAGCCAAGGCAGUGGCUGGCCCUGGAUUAUACAAGUGCAGACACUACUAAGUGAGCUGGAACAUAUAAGUAAACGCAUAGGCUCAAGUGCCCACAUGAUCACCACAGCAAGGAUACCUGCUGAUAAACCAAUACGAAUUGCCUUCAGUCUAAAUGACUCCACAGAUGAUACACCCCCCGAGAAUGCCUUCCCUUUGGCUUUUCCAGAUCUAGAGCAGCAGCUCCAGCCCCUGCCUCCUUGCCAUGACUCAAAAGAAUCUAUGCAAGUAUUCAAACAGCACUGCCAAAUAGCAGAAGAAUACUAUGAAGUCAAAAAGGAAAUUGCACUGCUUGAAGAGAGAAAAAAGGAGCUGAUAGCUAGGCUAGAUCAAGCUGAAAAAGAGAGCAUGGAUGCUGCUCAGCUAGCAAAGGAGUAUGUAGAUCUGGCUGAGGAGAACCGGACACUGAAGCUGGCCCAGACACAAUGUGUUGAACAGCUGGAGAAGCUUAGAAUACAGUAUCAAAAGCGACAGGGAUCUUCAUAACUUUGAAUGAACCUGUCUGAGGCAAUAAAAAUCCAGGGUCUGUUCUUUCCCCCUAAAAGGUUCCCUCUAAUAAGUUGGAACACUUCACUUGCAGAAUAUGCAAACGUCUAAAUUUGAUUUAAUGCUUGCCAGCCGCUAGCUUAAUAUAAUGGAUAUUCUAUCUGUUAUAUAACGGAUAUUUUAUUUCAAGUAACAUAAUUGAAGGCUUAUCUAUCCCCAUUAUAUGUUCUAAUGGAUCAGAUUUCUUUUCUAAAGAUAUUUCUUCCAAUUUAAGAAGAUACAUGCAUACUAGAAACCGAUAUGAAUAGUCUCUCUGCUGGGAGGUGGACCAUACUAAGGCAUGUGGCAGGAGCUCUUUAAUACCUGGGACAAUGGAACAUACCACUGUUCUUUUCUAAAUCUGGUCAUGGGGGUGGGGGGUGGGGAUCCACUAGCCUGAUAUAUGCCCAAAGGCAACAAUAUAUUUAAUAACAUUUUGAAAGCUAGGAAGUAGGGGUGUGCAUGGACCAUGGUUCAAUCCAUGGUCUGAAUUCAGACUGGGCUGCAGCCCGGAGGACCGAUUUGGCCCAGUUUGACCAAACUUUGAUCCAGUCUGCCGAUUCAAGGCAGUGCCGGGGAGGAGUGGCACCUUUAAAAGUAAAGCUGCAGGACCUUAGUAACUCCUUACCAGCGUCACCACCGCUGCAGGCAGCUUCCAGCCAUGGUGGCGGUACCCCCAUCAGCCUGCGUGUGGCGGCAGCACAGCUCCAUCAUUCACCUGGCAUCUGUGCAUGUGUGAGUGACAAAGGGCUGCUGGAGGGAGUGCCGCUGCUGCUGCUGCAGGAACCUGCCUGCAGCGGCAGUGACACUGGUAAGGAGUUACUAAGGACCUGCAGCUUAAAGGGGCCCGCACCGCCCCCUCCCAGUGCUGCCUUGAUCCACUGGACAAGUUCAAGGUUCAACUGAACCAUGCCAAACUGGUCCUCUGGACCAGUGUUUCUCAACCUUUUUGGAGUCAAGGACCGCUAAAUUCUUCGUGCAGAGUUUCAAGGACCGCUACAUUCUUCAUGCGCAGUUUCCCGGACCGGCAGUUAGUAAAGGGGUUUCAAAUCUAUCUAUCUAUCUAUCUAUCUAUCUAUCUAUCUAUCUAUCUAUCUAUCUAUCUAUCAGACUUCUAUACUGCCCAAAACUUGCAUCUCUGGGCAGUUUACAAUUAAAAUAAUAUAAGCAUUAAAAUAAUUAAAUUUGGAAUCUUUUGCAAACAUGGAAUAUUAGGGGUUCUCAACCUUGGGUUAAACUCCCAUAACCCCCAACCACAAUGGCAUUUGGCCAUUAUGGCUGGGGAUUAUGGGAGUAGAAGUCCACCAAUGUCUGGAUACCCAAGGUUGAGAACCCCUGAAUCUAAAAGCCUGGGUGAACAAAUUUGUCUCCAGUAUGUCUUCAGUAUGUGUGGGGUGGGGGUGGAGGUGCUUGUGAUUACUCAAUGGAGAGGGGAUGUUGGGCCAUUAGAAAAAUUCAAAAGCUACAUGGGGGCAAUGAAAACAACGCACAAGCAAGCUUUUGAAUCCCCCAAAAUGCUUCAUCAGGCUGGAUGUCAAGCAAAGCAAAAAGGAGGUGAGGAGAGGAGAGCAGGGCAAGCUCAGUAGAGCCGGAAAUCUACAGUUUAACCCUCUCAUGAUGGAGGUGGAGUUUUAGCAGGAGUUGUGUAGUCGCAGGGCAGGAUCCAGACAACGUUAGUCACGACCACCCACUGAAAUUAAUUUAGUCACCUCUCAUUUGUGUCAAUGCUGCUUGGUCAUGAUCACCUGACUUGAUCUGGAUCCUGCUCUUAGAUGUGCACUUUGUGAGGUGGACCUAAUGAAACCCGUGCAGCUCCUCCAAAACUCGUUAAAUUCGUUACAUGGCAGGUGCUGGGAAUGGGGUUUUUUUAAUGGUGAAAGAAAAUGUGAAGAAGAGCGGUGGAGACCUGGCAUUAAAAGAAAGGGGGGUGAUUCUGAGAUGGCGGAGGGUGUGGGGUGUUGUAGUGGUAGAUGCCUCAUUUUCCUCGCUGGGGAGACGAGGCACUGUUCAGGGUGGGUGAGGCAAUGGUGCACCGGACUGCACUCGGAAGGUCGCCUGGGUCCAAGAGCUGCCGCCACUGUGCUUGCGCACCAGAGUGUAGCAAGUGUUCCCCAUCCUCUCUCACAAUGUGCACUCCUGUGCCCCCCUCCCAACUCCCCUGCGGGAGCCAAUCACACCAGCCUGCCUUUGGGGCCACGCAGCUCACGUGGUCCCGCAUGCUGCCCGCGCAUACCUGCGAGGUGAGCCAAGGCGGCCCUCCUCCCUCCCUCCUCUGCUUAGCCCUCACCGCGGCAUGAUCCCGGCCAGAGAUUGUCCCCCGCACCCGGCGAGGUCAUAAAGGGGACCGCCGUCCUCCACCGGCGGUGCAGACCAGGGGGUUACAGGGGGCAGAGGGACCACAACACCCCACCGAUGCAAGAGGGAAACAGCGUUCCCUCUCAAGGCGCCUCGACCACAAUAGGCAGCUGGGUUUCAAUCAAUCAACCUUUGGCUGCAAACAAUGAGCAUGCAAGAACCAGCAGCCCUUCAAGUGGCAGCCCUUCAGGUGGCAUACCUUCCACACCGCAUACAGUUUGAAGCUGUAAAGAUAGGGAAUAAAAUAGCUGUAGGAAGAUCACAGCAGCACGUGGAGGCAAGGGACAAGAAGGUGAUACUCUUCCUCUUCCGUACCAUGUGCAAAAUUGAGGAAGUGAGUGCCUUGAUUGCAGUUGUUGGGGGGGGGGUUUGACUCCCAGUCAGGGACCGGCGCUCAACCCUUCGGGGACCGGCAGCGGUCCCCGGACCGGUGGUUGAGAAACUCUGCUCUGGACCACAGAUCGGUCUGAAUUCAGUCUGCAGAUCGAACUGUGGUCCAUGCACACUCCGACUAGUAAUAUGGCACUUCAAUCACUUUCUUCAUGUAACUACAUUAAUAAUGAUAACUUGUAUAACUCUAAUACAGUAAGGAAAUGGGGAAAGGCAACAUUUCCUUGUACCAUCUAAUACGCCAAUCUUAAAUCUCCCCUUGGAAGUAAGACCCAUUGAUUUUAAUGACUUGCUUUGGAAGCCAGGUUGGUUAGGAUUGUAACCUAGCACACCAAUCCAAAAGAAGAGGGAGUCAUAUAGAAAUUACUUUAAUAGGAUUUGCUCAAAAUUGGAAUGAGACUAUUGGGCACCAGCAAGCUAGCAAAAUGCCCGUCUGCCCCCUACUUUAAAAAAAGGUGGGGGGGGGAAGCAGGAGGCAUUUGGCACCCUGCCUGAGGUGCACCUCAAGGCCUUGAGCUGACAGUGGUACAAUACUUUCUGUGACUAGAUCUUUUCACUGUAGUGAUGCCCUUUAGAUUGCAAACAGUUAUGGUGGUGGUAUGUGAAAAGCCAGUCUGCACUAACUUAACUCAGCCAGGUUAGUGCAUAGCAAGCCAGCACAAUUUUAGUCACAAGCUGUGACUAAAACACACAGCUUCCAUGUGCAGAAAGUAUUGCAAGAACCAGCCUAUAUUUCCAAGUAUUUUAAGUCCAAGAUAAAUUGGUUUUGACAAAAUCCAUGAUCAGACUUCCAUAAGUGUCCUCUCCUCCUUACAUGCAGCUUCAAGGCCUCCAAAUUGGAUUGGGGCUAUGGUACUCAGAGAGAGGGUCAAUCCUCCCCACCCCACUCUACACACAUGCUUGUUUCCCAAUCUGAAUUGUCCCCCUGAAGUUGCAAUUUGUCCCACUAGGGUGAACCCAUGUGGCUUUUGGUGCCUAAACCUGUAUCCAGCACAAAUAGCAGCUCUUUGGGAAGGGGCAAUGUAGAUCAGGAAAACAGCAUGAAGAAAGAGUUACACUCCCUUCUCCAGUGCCACAGCUCCAGUCCAGUUGUCCUCCCCUGGCUUUUUAUUUUUUUUAAAAAAAUCUUUAAAUUUGAUCUUUAGAUGACCAGUGUCGGGCUUCCCCACCCUCCUCCGUGAAUCAGGGUUCUUUAUCCGGUGCCAAGAGAGGCAGGAGGCUCCGGUUGCCAGGAGAACCCCAGCAAUUCCCUCCCAGAAGAUAGGAAGAACUCGAAGAAAUAGCCGGUGGCUGCUGGGGGUGGGUGGGUGGGGGGUGGAGAUGGAAUAAUGUUGACGUCUGCCCCACAGCUGCAGCCCUGUGACUGGAAAUGCUAGCGAGGCAGGUGGAGUUGGAGGAAAAGGCCCCUUAGGAGGCCAGAGAUUGGGUGGCCAAUCCACUUGCCUGGCCAAGGGAGAAGGAGCAAGCUGGAAGGGGGGAGGAUGUAGGGCUUUAUUUAAGGCAGGGGCUGCCAAAGAAAAGACAAUCAGCAGGGACCGAGGUUGUUGGUCUGGUGGGCUCCCAGGGAGGAGCAUGGAUGUUUAUUCCCACUGAUAGGCAAAGGAGUGGAGUGAAUAUACUUCCCUCCUCCCCAACUCUGAGGCAAUGCCCAUGCCUGUAAUUUAGUGUGAGCAAGCAUGAAGGUUGAUUGGGGAAUUCCUCCUCCCUAAACACGGACAACCAUCUUAUCUCGUUUCGGCCUAAGAGCAAAUUGUUAUACUUAAAUCAUUGGGGUUCAUGCAGGGGUACCUUUUAAGUUUCAAUGAGAAUGGGCAACAAGAUACCUGGGCAGCGGGGUGUAGAUGAAGAUUCAAAGACUUCCUUAUGGAUAUAUUCAGGGUUUAACUGCCAAGAUGCAGCAUAUUUUAAGAGUAUUUGUUGUGGUUGUUUUUAAUAUCUUGUAAUAACCAGAGAUAUGGGUGCUCCAGGGAAUAAGUGUAUUCAUUCUGAAAUGUGUGAGUGACUCCCCCAUUCCCAACUUCCCUAAAUUACACCCCUGGUUCAUGUCAAAUGGAAAUUUGUUUAGGCUUUUAGGCAAUUCUGAGCAUACUUACUUUUUAAUAAAUUCCAUUAAUAUCAGUGGGGCUUACUUCCAAGUAAUUGUGAUUAGGGUCAGAAAGCUAAAAUUGAUUGACAUUCUGGCUAAAUCACUCAGUGGUACUACUCAGGAGUUACUCUAAAGGACUACUAAAUUUUAUUGGACUUCCUCUAGUAAAUUCAGUCAGGAUGUCAGCCAUUUUCAUGAUUACAUGAUUGUCAGUGAAGAAUAAUUGGAACCUCAGUCCCAAACACAUCACUUGCAAGUAAGUUCAGAAAUGGAAUUUCCUUUUAGGUAAUGUGUUUAGGUUUGUGGUGUAAGAAUAAUAGAUGUCUAUAUCCAUAACUUGAUUAAUUUUCUAGGAGAAAUAACUGGGGGGAAAUGACUUAAAUAACAAAUAAGCUGCAAUGAUUUUUUCUUCUUCCUCCUCUACUGAUAACUGUGUUUUCCUGAAUCAGCUGAAAACUUUGUUAUACUUCCAUUUCUAUUCAUACAGUAUUUUUUUCAUUAAAAGACAAUUUCAAAUAUU